AUGAUUGGCUGGUUCGUGGAAAAUAGCCUCGGGCUAUUCCCACCUAUUCUGGAAAGGCGAUUGAAGAGAACGGAAAUAGGAAAGAGAACCCCAGCUCCCAGUGCAAAGGAGUGCUCUGUAUCAUACAUGCUCUCCAUUGUGCCCAGGACAGGAACACCCAGUCCUGCCACCUUGAUAGUGAAAGGAUAUCAAUGGAAUGGUGGGGUUAGGGCCAAAAUAAACUUCUCAACUGCCCUGGAUGCAGAAGACUGCUACGUGGUUAGGGAUGUACGAAAAACCAGAAUGACAACCUUCUCGUGCCAUGACAAGACGGUGCUUUAUAUGUUUAUUGUAGAUGCCAGCGGGAAAACCUGCAUGUAUUACACCCAGUUUAGAGGAUGCCAUUCCCUAAGAGAUCCAAAGACACCACUGUAUAGAGUUGAGCUAUUCCACAAAGACGGAUUCUACAAAAUAGACGAGGAGCCGUCUCACGAUCUGACACUCAAGUCCAUAGACAUCAGGAGCAGGCACCAAGGCCUUCUCCAUUGCUAUUGGGGCAUUCAGGAUGCGGAGGUGAAGCAAAGUAAGCAUCCUGUUAAUCUUGAGGUAGAAGGAGAAAAGUAUCGUAUACAUGGUUUUUGCUGCAUUUUCUGCAUUAGGGAGUUUGAAUCCAUCGGCUCUCUGACAUCCCACAUCAAUCGUAUGCAUUUUAGCUACAAAUGCAUCCAAAAUGGCGAGACUCUUCUUUUCAGAAAAGAAGAGGCUGGCUCCUUGCAGGCUGGCAAAACCCUGAUUUAUUUCUCUAAGAGGUAUACGAGGAAAAGACUGGGAGUUAGGGCAGUCCCAACAGUAGGGCAGGAACAUGAAAGCCCUGUCAAUGGAAUUUGGUCGAUAGAAAACCUCUCAAAUCUAAUCAACAGAGACAUCAGAACAAAUCCAGGCCUUUCAGAGCAUUCACUUGCCCUAAUGGAAAGAUGGAAUGUCCUUAGGCUCCACGGAAAUGCAUUGGGGGAUGACAUAGUCAGAUUCGCAAGGCAAGAGAAGAAUAACCCGUCGAUAGUGCACUUCCUUCUUGUUCUGUACCAUAAGUCUAUCGUGAAUCCAAAGGAGUUUAUCGAGCUCAUCUAUUCCUUACUUGAAGAGGCUUAG